UCAUGUGAUAUUAACAGAGAAAUGUUUGCAUGUAUCAGGAAAGGUAAUAUUUUCACUUGUCAUUUCACAGUUGGUGUUCAAAAAAACACGAGGCAUUUAAAUAUGCGGACAAAUUUGAUGGAAGAUAGCCUUGGUACUCUGCAGAACUCCGACAUCAUUUCUACCCCCAAAUUUGUCCACCGAGAGGCGCUCCAUGAGCAGAGACGUGAAGCCGGAGCCGGUUCCUCCUCCGAAGGAGUGGAAAAUGAGGAAUCCCUGGAGCCCCGUGCACUGGUCGGCCAGCUUCCUAACUCGGUCCAGCACCACAUCUACCAGCUCCUUCCCGAUCGUGUAGUGGCCACGAGCGUAGUUGUUGGCGGCGUCCUCCUUCCCUGUGAUGAGCUGCUCGGGGUGAAACAGCCGGCGGUAGGUCCCCGUGCGCACCUCGUCUGCAACAGAUCCUGUCCAAUUGACCAUCGUACGGAGAACUCACCAACCACCGUGGGUUCCAGGUCUACGAACACUGCACGCGGUACGUGCUUGCCCGCGCCAGUCUCACUGAAGAAGGUAUUGAAACUGUCGUCACCCCCGCCGAGGGUCUUGUCGGAGGGCAUCUGUCCAUCUGGCUGGAUGCCGUGCUCCAGACAGUACAGCUCCCAGCAUGCAUUGCCUAUCUGGACGCCCGCCUGGCCGAUGUGCACUGAGAUGCAUUCCCUCUAUGUUCAGGAGGUGUUCCAGCAGUUCUGGCUGGCAGAGGUGGCGGAUGUCGUCGCGAUAUUGCCAUAUCGGGACAUUGUGCGCGUCUUCACCAUCUUCCCAUACCGGGAGAGCUGCCAUCUGCCAGGACCUCCCGUACUGGUGGAUCAGCUGCCCUGGGUAGAUGGUGCGUUCCCCUCAGUGGGGCUGUUCCCUGACAUCAAGGUCACUUCCCUACAUGGCUGCUCCCUGCGGUUCACAACAAUAGACCUCGCACCUGACGUCAUUCUGAAUCUGUCAUUGAGUGACAAGUUUGAGCGCUGGAAAGACAGUGUGGAUGGGAUUGAGGUGCGUCUGGUGAACACGUUGGCUAGCACGAUGAACUUCACUGUGAUCAUCUCAUUGCCCCAUGAUGGCUACUACUGGGGUUGGGUGCACUACAAUGGCUCCGUCAGCGGCAUGAUAGCUGACAUAAGCAACAAUUUGAGUGACGUAGGGUUUGGCCACGUGACCCACAGUACUCAGGAUAUAGGGUUCCUGGAAUAUUCGGCAAGUUUCGCAAGGGACUGCUAUGGAUGGGGUGUGCCCCUUGGGGCGGGCCGGCAGCCCCCUCCCUGGGUGGCAUUCACAACGGAGUUCAGCUUGCUCACAUGGUGUCUCAUCGUAGCUGCACUCCUUCUGGCAGCGGUCGUCCUCUGGAUCCUCCCAAGGGUGCUGCCUCGAUGGGAACUUCAAGAGAAGCCACUGUGGGGCAUGCCGAGCUCUGUGAUGCACUAUGCAUGCGGUACGCUGAUCAUGGCCCCCGUGUGGAUGAAACCUCGCUCACAGCCAGUGCGAAUAUUUGCAGCGUUCUGGCUGCUGUAUUGUAUUGUUGUGAGUGUUGCAUAUCAGGCAAAGAUGGGGAGCAUUGUGACAGUUCCGUGGGCACCAGUCAACAUCCAUAGUCUGGAGGAACUGAUGGAAUCGGACCUGAAUUUGAAGGCUCCCUGGAAGUUACUGAAGACACUGCAUAAGUCCGAUGAUGAUCUGGUGAUCAGGGCGAUUGUGGCCCGCCUUCAGCCCGUUAGCACGAUUACCGAACUGGUGGAUCAGCUGCAAAGCCAGAAGAAGCAGAACUUUGCCUACCUCAUGUAUCGCCGUAGCUUGAUGUUCUAUGCCAGCCAAUCUGGCUGGAAGUUUCAUGUUAUGUCUGAGGGGUGUCUGAUGGGUCACCACACUGCCCUGGUUGUCCGCAGAGGAUCCCUGCUCAUCCCUCGCUUCAACAUCAUCAUCCAGCGGCUGAUUGACAGUGGCAUUGUCAGGAAGUGGGCCUGUGACUUCACCCCCAGGAGAGCCAAGUUGGAGAGCCGGAGUGCUGGCCUUACCAUACAAAACAUGCUGGGUGCCUUCCGGGUCCUCGUACUGGGGCAUCUGCUGGCCGUGAUCACUCUGCUGGUCGAGUUCUGCUAUUCCAAGCUCAGAUCCUCACUGCCCGACUCUCACCAUCUGCAUUUUGAACAGGGUGACUUAUAAGCCACUCUUGCUUGUAUCCUACUGCCUUGUGAAUACAAUUUGGAACAGAAACAACCUGAGGUAAAUGGGUCACUCUGUGUGGUAAUGCUACAAGGAUUUUUGGCACAUUUGCAAUGUUAAAUUACAAAAAUCUGCUUAUUAGACUCAUAAUGUGUGUCCAUCAGUUUAAGUGCAACAACUUGACAACUGCUGAAUUUAUUUUCAUGAUAUCUGAUAAUGGGAAGUUUUGCUGAUACUAAUCGAAACGUUCCAAUUUUGGUUAAAGUGAGACAACAGUAAAGAGCUGCUUCACAUGAAGGAAGAGUGACGUGCAUGUCUCCAGCAUAACUCGUCAGUAUUUACUGAAGUCAAUCAUGUUUUGCAGGCAGGUUGGAGAGAGAAAUGAAAUACACAUUUUAUGUUCAGUCCACAUUUCCACAACAAGUUUUAUAGAUUUUGCGGAUAAUGAUACAAAAAUAUCUCAUGAAUGGAGAAAUGUUGGACUCAUUUUAAUAAAUUCAUGCAUUGUAGGUCAUUGCUUAUCAGUUCUUUCUCUGUAACACUGCUUCUAAGCCAGCAUAAAAAAUAACAUUAAAAAAUUGAAAAGUAUAGAGGCAGUAAUGGAGCAAACAAUCCAUAACUUUUAUGCUAUGCAUACAUUUCCUAACUUGUUCACUUCAUCCCUGUUGUGUCCAGACCAGCUGUACUCUCUACCUGUCCUCCAUUCCUGUGGCUACUGCCAGCCAAUUCCCUUGGGUCAAAGCAGCCAGGGCAUGAAGCUUAUCACCCAACUUUAUCUGUUGGCUUUGAUAAUGCAAUCUGACUUAAGCCCUUUUAGCAGCAAUUCACAGAUUUAAUUUUGCUCUCAAGGGACUAGGAUUUGAUGAGUUUCUGGGCAAUUCUGAAUACCUCACACGUUUUCUGCAUGGAUAUUUUUACGAUAAAAAUCCCUCAGAAAAGUGAGAUUUUAAUUAACUCCAUCAAAAGUUUGGAAAAUAUUGUAAUAUUGAAAGCAACAUACCACAAAUGGUUGACUCUUUUCUGGGAAAAAAAUGAUUUAUAAAGUUAGUUCAUACUUUGUUAACAUAACAGAGAUAAAAUAAAUUAUUUUCUGAUGGCAGCAAAAUUCCACCAGUUUGCGUAAACAUGUCAGCUCCAUGGUAUCCCAGGUAAAAUUAUCUUCUCUGACAAGUUGUGAUCAAAAAAAUUGCCACACGGUUCAUACCUUUGAAAAGAAAAUAGAUUUACGUGUGGCAGGACUCUGCAUUGUCUACAGAACCUGAAGGUUCAUUCCCAAGUUCACAGGAGUUUGCAACUGACACCUGCCCUAAACCACAUCAGUUCAAUCCCCACUCUCAAACAUUUCCUUAAGAUUAAUUUUAAUAUUAUCUUUCCAUCUAUGCUUAGGUUUGUCAAAUUAUUUCUUCCUUUCAAAUUGUCCAGCUAAAAUUAUGUAUACAUAUCUCUUCUGACCCAUGUAUGCUUCCUGCCCUGCCCAUGUCACCCUCCACGAUUUGAUCACCAUAAUAAUGUUUUGUGAGGAGUACUAAUUAUGAAGCUCCUUGUUACACAUUGUCUCCACCCUUCUGACCCUCCUACAUCCAAAUAGCCCCAUAGCACCCUGUUCUCAAACACCCUUAGUGUAGUAUGCUGUUCCCUUAAUGUGAGAGACCAAGUUUCACACCCACACAAAACAGAAGGUAAAACCCUAGAUUUUAUAUUUUAAUUUUACAAUUUCAGAGAGCAGAUGGAAAGACAAAAUAGUAGGAAUUGAAUGGUAGCAAGAAUUCCCAGAAUUCAUUUUAAUACUCCUUGUGAAUAUUUUUCUUGUUCGCACUUUCUAUAAUCCAUUUUAAUAUAUAUUAUCCUUCCGUAUGUGUCUUCAACCCCAAGUAGUAUCUUCAUGUAUAAUUUUGCAAGUAACUCUGUUUAAGGCGUAUUUCUCCCAUGCAUGCUACAUUGCUUCCCCACAGAAGAGUUGUUUAGCUAAUGAAUUAUCUGUGUGAAGCGUGUAAUGUUUGUCUGACUUGAGGUUCUCAUGUAACUAUGGACAUUACCGUCUUUUGAGGUGUGAUGCCAUAUGAUCUUGUAGAUAGUUACCACCAUUUCGGAGGAACCUGCUGCUUUCAUCUUGAGGGCAUUAACUAGUGACCGCUCAAAUGUCGUACUCCAGAAGACAUUGUCUUCAUGUGACACAUUUUGUGUUGACGGGUAUCUGCCUGCUGGUGGUAUGAAACUUUGAAGUUUUCUUUGAAGAAAGUAAUUACUGUACCUUGGUGUAAUGUGAAUUAGAUGUAAUGACGAAGCGUAGACAUUGUCUUGAAACGGAAGUUCUUCUGCCUUCUGCACUUUAGCAGUAAUGAUCAACUUUUAUAUGGGAAUGAGGAUGAACUGAGAAAACAAAUGAGAUUUAAAGUUCUCAAGGCAGUGAACAUUACAAUGUCUAUUUUUCCUGAGGUGUGGCAUCAUGUUGUCUGGUAGACUGGUACCGCUGUUUCAGAGGAACCCAGUGUUCUCAUCUUUAGGUUGUAAGACAGGGAGUACAUGUUCAUGCAACACCCUGGUACCUGUCUACCAGACAACACGGUGUCACUGCUCAGAAAACUAUAAUCCUAAAAAAGGUAAACAUUAAAAUAUUAUUCUCUUUAUUGAUAUAUUUAUUUUGUGUUCAUUUAAAAGUUGAUAAAGUAAUAUACAUGUACUUGGUUACAUAUAUUUGUAAGAGUUCUUCAAAUAUGCUUCACAAGCACCAUAAAAAUGUCUCUAUAUUUUAAUCAGAAGACUAUGUUCUUCCACUAACUAUCUGUAUGUAUCUAGACACUUGUAUUAAUCCUAUAUCCUGCACAUCUUCAGGAAAAAUAAUUUUCUCUAUCCACAUUGACAAGACAAAUGUUACCAUGUGGGUCAGUGGUGUACAGGGCAUUCAAAAAUAAACAAUAUCAUUUCAAGUGUGUGUCUUUUAGAGUCAUGCACAGUAAUGGGGAACUUUCUUAGGAUAGGAGAAUUGUUCCUUUUUGGGAAAGUUUUAAUUGUUCACAGUUGGGAGUUGUAAAACUGUGCCAGUUAACUCUGCCAUGCAUGUCUAUCUCCCUGCCCACAGGUAAUAACUUUGGAACCACUGAAAGGAUUUACAUUAAAUUUGAUACAGGGGACUUCAAUUAAACUGUGUGAGCACGUUCCUGUUUUUGUUAAAUUCUGUUAACAGUAGUAGUUGAUGAUUUAAUAAUGUUUCUGCAUGCAUCUUGAGCAUAACUUGCCAUUUAUUGGGGCGAUAAUUAUUUUAAAUAAAAGUUGUACAGAUAAAAUGAGCACACAAUUUAUAUCGAAUGCUGUUUUCUGUGU